GCUCGCUCGCUCCUCCUCAGUCCCUAGCCAGUCUGCCAAGAGACAAGAGAGAUGGCUCGCCCCCACCACCUGACCCUCCUCUCCGUCUUCUCCAUGCUGCUCCUCACGGGCCUUGUGGCUGCUGAUCUGUCCGGAGGGAAUAAAGUCGGGAAGAUUGUGACCAUGACCGUCCAAUACCCGGCCGCGGGCUCGCCGCCGGGGGAGAAGACCACGAUCUCAGCGCACUACGUUGACGAGCACGGGGGCGGCGACCGCCGCUUCAACCUCGACUGUGACGAUGACGAGCCCCUCGGUUUCGCCAUGAAGUACCUUAUCACGACCCUGGAGGGGAUACGAGAUGCGCGGGAGUCUCGAUCCGAGCUCUAGUAGUAGGUGGACCUUCACGUACGGUGCUCAGCGUGGUGGAUGGUUGCAUGUCCAGUGCUCAGUGGAGAUUGGAGAAGGAGCUCCUCUUUUCGUCUCAGGCAAAAUAUAUUAGGCGCCUUUUACUUUGUGCUGUAGUAUGAGACUAUCAGUAAGGGAGAAUUUCUGGUUGUACUUCCAUAUUGUUGUACUCUCUAUCAGUAACCAGUGCCAGUCGGAGAGGUAGCAGUAGUGAGGUAUAAUACAAGUAUCUCUGUAGUAUCAGACUAUCAGCAGGGUGCUUGCUUAUGUCGAUCUUCAAGUAUCUCUCAUGGAUUGUGUGUGUCGCUUAGCAUAAGAGACGA